AUGAUUCUGGUGUUAGAAGUGGAGCAAUUCAACAGGCCAUCAAUACUGGGCAGAAGAACAAGUUCACUGAGACCCUGGAUGAUUGCCCUUAUUAUCACAGGUGUUGUGUUGGUGCUGGCAAUAAUCAUUGGUCUCCUUGUUUAUUUUUUGGCAUAUGAUCAGAAGACUCACUGUUACCAACCUUCCUCAGUAGAACACUCAAAAAGUGGGACUGACCUGAAACAAAAAAUCAAUAGUGAGAUGAAUAAAAUAUUUCAAAGAUCCGGUUUAAACUCUCUCUACAUCACAUCUCAUGUUGUCAACUUUAGGUCAAGUAAUGAUGGUUUGAAAACAGAUGUAUUGCUUAAAUUUCAGUUUGCUUCUAACAAUGCAGGCACAAUAAAGAGGAAAGCUGAUGACAUUUUGCAUCAGAAGCUGAAAUCAGAUGGAAGCUUCUUGAAGACAGAAACUUCAUUACCUUACCUUAGAGAUGUGAAUGAAGCACAAGCAGAGCACAUUCUGAACAGCUCCAGAGAGAGUAAUUUAAGUAAUUCUAGCGAGGGGAUUUGUUAUCAGCUAGAAGAAAGGAAAGCAGUCCUAGGGGAGAAGCUCCAAGUAAAAAGUUAUAAAAACCCAAAGCUAUGGAUGGCUAGUUUUGGAACAACCAUAAACCCUCCACUGAUGAGAAGAAAUGUGCAGUCAAUUAUCGUUCAUGAAAACUAUGCUGCCCGUAAGCAUGAAGAUGACAUUGCUGUGGUGAAGCUCACCACCCCCGUCACAUUUUCUGAUGACGUACACAGAGUCUGUCUCCGGGAUGCUACUUUUGAAGUCUUGCCUAGCAGUAAAGUGUUUGUCACUGGAUGGGGAGCCUUGGGAAAAAAUGAUCCCUUUCCAAAUACUCUGAGAGAAGUUCAAGUAGAGAUUAUAAGCAAUGAUGUAUGCAACAAGGUUCAUGUAUAUGGUGGUGCUGUGUCAUCAGGAAUGAUAUGUGCUGGAUUCUUGGAAGGAAAAUGAGAUGCCUGUGAGGGUGAUUCUGGAGGACCUCUGGUUAUUGCACGUGAUACAAACAUCUGGUAUCUUAUUGGAAUGGUAAGCUGGGGAAUAGACUGUGGAAAAAAAAACAAACCUAGACUUUAUACCAAAGUGACUUGUUACUGGGACUGGAUUAAAUCUAAAACGAACAUCUGAUGCAACAGUCAUGAGUGCUUGUGGGUUAUGAGUGGGUAUCUAGCAAAUUGUGUUUAGUAUGUGUUGCAUGUGUACUGUUAUCAACUCUCCCCUUAAACAUGAGGAAGGCAGGCUUUCUUUCACAUCAUCUGAUGUGUUUUGCUUGUCAUGGGCAAGAAGAUACUGUCAACUCCACAAAGAUCUGCCAUUGCUGAUAAGUAUCUCUGGUUACUUCCUUGCUCAUCUUUGUGUUCCUACUGUACACUACCCAUUUUAGAAUAAUCCAGCAGUUUAAUCAGAUAAGUACCAACUGGUUAAGCAGUCUCUACGUUUUCACUGACAGAGCAUGCUGCCUUACCCUGAUGAAUUCAUAGUUUUUGUACUCCUCAUCAAAUAAUCCUCAUUAAGAAUGUGUGGAUACACUGUAGUAGGCAAAUCAAGGGAAUUAGUUUUGGUCAACGCUAACAUAAAUGAUGGUGGUGGGAGAGGGACACUAGAUAUGAAAC